AUGUUAAGAAGAAAAUUAGAAGCUGUUGGAGAUACAGUAGAAUCAUUUCAUUUCAUUUUACAUUCAAAAGAUGAACAAAAUUUAACUCGUGAAGAUCAAGAUAAAGGAAAAGAAUUAUAUUCACUUUUAGUACAACAUGAAAUUAUUCAAGGAGACACAUCUGGUGGACUUGCCAAAUAUAAAUAUGGAGAUAUUAAAAGAAAUAUUGAAAGAAUUUUAAAUAAAAUUUUAAAAAAUAUUCAAUUUGAAAAUGAUAAAGAAUUAAUUUUGUCGAAAAUUUUGUCUUUACAAGGAGAUAUUCGUUCAUUUAAAAAAGGUUUAAAAGCUAAUUUAAAAGAUUUUAUAGAUCUUCAAGAUCAAGAAAAUGUUCCAAGUGAAUUAAGAUUUUUUGAAGGUUUUAAUCUUAAUAAAUUUUUGAUUAUUGAAGAAGAUAAAUCUUGGUGGGAUUGA